UUCGAAUCGUGGGGGCGACUUUUUCUCCCGUAGCUUCUUUUUUUUCCUCCCCGGUGCGCCCCCGCCCUAGCCGCCGCUCGCCUGCGCCGGCCGGCGGUCGCCCUCGCUCCCAUCGCGCGCGGCGCCUGGGCGAAGCACCGCCCGAGCUCCCGCUCGCUCCUUUCUCCCCCAACCUCGAGCACAGGCACCUCCGGGCUCGUCGGCCCCUCACGCCCCACCCGCGAGCGUGGCGCCUCCAAGCUCAACGGCGGGGACAGCUGCCUCUGGGCUCCACGGCUUUUUCGCCUCCCGCGCGCCCCACGGCUCUCCGCGCGAGGUCCACGGCCACCGCGCCGCUCACCGCCGACGAAGAUCCGUGCCGGGAUUCCAUCUUCCCCUCGCUCUCCGGCCUCCGAGCGCACCGGAUGGUGGGCCCCUCCGGCCUCCCCCAGCGCUCCGCGGCUCCCCUACGCGAGGCCCACGGCGCCUGCCGGCUCCGAGCAGUCGGCGCCUCCAAGCUCCUCCACCCCCACCCCCGACUCGAUCUGUGAUGGUGUUGCUGUGGCCAGCUUGCUUAAUACAACUCUUGUGAUCCCUGGUACACCUGCAGAUAAGUACACCUGCAGGCACUAACAAAUCUAUGGAUAGGGGUUCUUGUGGUGCAGUCAUCAAGUCUGCAAUGUGUUUAUUUUUCCAUAUACAAUGCACUGUUUUUGCUGCUCCAUUGAUCCAUGUUUUAUUGAUAGAUCUUGACAAUCCAAGCAUUGUUUGUUGUAUACAAAAAAAAAUAGAGUCAUGAUUGGAGUGUUUUGAUUGGUGUUAAAUUUUGCAUGGUUAUCUGAUAAUUAGGAUGGUGCAGACUUCAUUGCAUAUAUAUUUUUUUUGUCAGUACAAUGACCUAGGAAGCUCAAUGAUGCUUGGCUUGUGCUUGAGGACGAUCUUUGUGUCCAGGGAAUCCUCUUAAAGUUCUUUUACAUCUGCUAUUUUAAUCCUCUUAAAAACUGAAAAUCUCAUUUCUACCUGAGAAACUCCCUUAUACAUCCACACCAGAAAAAAGCCCAAGCAAGGCUCUUGGUUCAGUUCACCCAACAAUGGGCGCAGCUGAGGACAAAGGCAGUCUAAGCCCAGAGGAGCAGUCGUGCCAUCCUCUCCUCACAACUGCCAACUGCUUGGUUGCCGUGAUUCUUUUUGGCAAAUUUCUCUCAGUUGUGAGUUCUUCUGUUUCACGUUUUCUGAUAUGAUGCUAAUGCCAUAUGUUUGCUAGGUGAUUACAAGGACAUGGAGAGCAACAAACGGACAGCAGGAGACACUUGUUGGUUCCGAUCAAAAGCUACAAAUUAUUAGUACGGAUGCUCCAUUCUUGAGACCAUGCAAAAAUGUCCUGAAAUUUACUCUUGGAACAUAUCAGUCUAUUUGGUUAUUAAUUUCAUGCACAAUUGGAAUGGUAAACGCUUGCCAUUAAUAUCUAUGAAUGGAGAUACAUUAAGGAACCAAUUUUUAAUUGAUCUACUGAAGUUCAAAGGGAAUGAAGCUAAAGAUAAUAUACCUCAAGACAUUCAAGAAGUUCUAAAUCGUUUGUGAUUUUACUCUAUGGAUGUGUUUGUGUAAUUAAUCAACAUAAUAACUGUCCUUUGUGUGUAGCAUAUAUUUCUCAAUUUGGACUAUAUGGAUCAUGUGUUAUUUGGUGUACGUCUGAAAUUUAUCCGUAGUGUUAGCACGGGCACCUUAGUAGUAUAGAAAUGGAUAGAUAGAUAGAUAGGAUAUGUUGCAGGAGUUCAUGGCUUCGGGUUAAGCUUCCCUUAAACCCGUGCAACCCGCAUCGCUUACAGCCUCCGAUAUUUUUGAGCGGAAUUCCUUUUUGAGCUGAAAUCACCAAAAGUGUCCGUGCCGGCCCAGAAUCGGAUUCGAUGUGUUGGCGUUUCUCCGAGCCGGAGUCCAAUUGCAACCCAUAUAAUAUGUUGGGCUCGGCCGCUUGGAUGUAACGUCAAUUUCUUCGCUCCUCAGAAUUUAGAUCGCUUGGCGUUGACGAUGCCUGGCACCACCAGCGGCAUGGAGGCGUCUUUCUGGUGCUACGCAUGCAGCCGCCUCCGUCGACCCGGCGCCCAGGCCGUCGCCGGCUGCACCCGCUGCGGCCUCCCCGUCGCCGCGCUGGAGGGCAUCGUCGGCGUCGUGGACGCCGGCGCGUUCUUGCACGCCUGCCACCCGGAGGCCGGUCUCCGGACCCCCGCGCCCCUGCCCACCGUCACGGUCCGCGGCGCGGGGCGCGACUGCGCCGUGUGCAUGGAGGAGCUGAAGCCCGGCGAGAGCGCGGCCGUCACGCCGUGCGAGCACGUAUACCACCCGCAGUGCGUCGCGCCGUGGCUCGAGGCCAGGGGCACCUGCCCGCUCUGCCGGGCUCCCGUCGGCGGCGCCGGCGACCGCGACGGCCUCGUCGCGUGCCAUCUCCCCGGCGGCCGGAUCGGCCUCGGCCGGCGUGUCGCCGGGCGCGUCUACGAGGUCAGGAUCCUCGACGAGGACGGGAAGCUCGUGCGGCCCCGCGUGGUGCAGCGCGGGUUCAAGGGGGUGCGCCUCCGCCUCCGCGCCAGGAUGGCAGUAGGACUAUAGGAAGGAGCACUGGAUCGCCGCGACCUCGCGGUCGUGGCGGAUGUACAGUGAGUACAGCACUACAGCAGCGCAUUCGUGUGCCGAGUUCAGCUGAUGCUCCUUUGCUAGAGAUAUUUCAGCAAGUAUUUUAAUGUAUUUGAUUACGCAUUCACUCAGUACUGAUGACUGUAAUAGCCAACGUAAACUCCUACUGGAAAAGAAUUGAACAAGCUGUGAACUUUCUUAUUGUCAA